CUUGCCUUCCUGGAUCAGCUGAACCUCCAGCUGUCUGCAUGUGGAUUCUCACUACACAAAGAUCCUGACAAGAACUACAUCUUUAGAGUUAUGUACAAUGGCUGUUUUGUCCAACAUCAGCAUGGCAACAAUGUCCUUGUGCUGAAUUUGGUGAAAAGAAUCAACCGGUUUGGAGGUCGAACUCACAGCUUCAUAAUGAAGUGUCCAAUGGUUCCUGCACCACCCAACAGAGAACACAUUCAGUGUGAUCCAGACUACAUACAGGUGAUCAGACAGAUCCCACUGGACAGCUGGAACAAUGAGGUUAACAAGUUAUACAUACACUGUACACUCUGUGUCUGUAGUCAUUUAAUGCAUGCAUCAGAUCGUACAAUGUGCUAACACUAUGUGUGUAUGUAUGCGUUUGUGUGUGUGUACAUGUUGUGUGUGUGUGUACGUGUUGUGUGUGCACAUGCACGCAUUUGUCCGUUUACAGCUUCAAUGGUCACUUUCCCUGAGGGGUAAUCUAAUUGUAGCCCUUGAGGAUGCUAGCUUGAUCCAGGUAUACGCUGACAUGAAUGGAGCAAGCAUCACAGUUCAAGGCAAGAGGAGAGAAAUCUUGAGUCCUGUGACAGUAAUGGAAAGGACAGGGGAAUUUCUUGCCUUGAAGUUGGUCAGUGGACAGUAUGCCUACAGUAUGGAAGCUACCUGUCCAAAUGUGGUGUCAGUGUCCAGCCCAGCAGCAGAGGACACUAUAGUGCACAUUUUUAAACGGCGCAUGGGUUUGACAAAAAGAGGAGGCUACGAGAGUGACACCCUAACAGUUAGCAGUGUUUCUGUGAACCAGACAGAGAAGUUCACUGUCUAUGAGACCCAUGACUUUGUCCAACUCAGCAUCCCUACAGCCCUUAUCAUACAGGUCAAGAACUGCCCCACUGACGGCCGGCUUGCACAGCCUUUCUAUAGGGUAGACGUUGUGCUCACGUUCAAGGAGACUAACCACAAAAUGUACUGGACUAUGGAGAACACUCUGCCAUGCACAGAGUCCCCCAGACUGCUAUCAAUCUCACCUAUAUAUUAUCAUACUUCAACAACAUUGGACCCUAUUUUGACAUACACUACAUCAACCCCUGCUUCCUAUACCACAGUGCCCUUUAGCUCGUACUCAACAAUGGACCAACAGUUUCUCUCAACAGAGAAAUCUCAGGAGGGCACCUCCACCUUCCCAAAAACAACAUCAAUUGAGAGGACUCAGGCUGAAGAAACAGGAAGAAAAUCAUCACCCACCAGUUCCUCACAUACACAGACCUCUGGUUCCAUUAUCUACUGGAGUAAUGUGACAUCAAUGACUCCAAGUACAACAAACAAAGCAACACAGGACAAAUACCAACAGACAAACAGCACAGGUAGAGUGCCAAGGAUCAUCCGUUACAAGUCAAACAGAACCAGUAGAAUUCCAAGGAGCAGCUGCCACAACUGCCACAAUGCAGGCAGAAUUCCAAGGAACAACCAAUAGAAAUGAAACAGCACAAGUAGAACUCCAAGGAACAUCCGUUACAAGUGAAACAUCAAAGGUGGAAUUUCAAAGAACAACCAUUGCAAGUGAAACAGAACAUGUGGAAUUCCAAGGAAGAAACACUACAAGUGAAAUAGGACAGGAGGAAUUCCAAUGAACAACCAUUACAAGUGAAACAACACAGGUGCAAUUUCAAGGAACCACCGCUAGAAGUGCAACAUUGCAAGUUCUUAGAAACAACCACUAGACAGGUAGAAUUCUAAGUAUCAACCACUAUUAGUGAAACAGCACAGGUGGAACAACUGCCGCAAGUGAAACGAUGCAGGUGUAAUUCCCGGAACAGUGGCAAUUAGUACAACAGAUCAGGUACCAUUCCAAGAAGUGACUGUUACAGUUGAACAGGUGGAAUUCAAAGGGGCAAAUGCUACAAGUGGGACAGCGUGGGUAAGAUCCAGAGAGACAACAUCUAGAAGUGAGGCAACACAUUUGCAACUCCAAGACAGCAAACAAAUCUGAGGUUAUUUUCAACUCAUCCCCAACAACUGAGACAAAACCAAUUUUUUUUAUUUUACCUUUUUUAACCAGGUAGGCCAGUGGAGAACAA